CCGCUGAUGAAUAAGUAACAUUCAUUCAAAGAGGCGACAGACAGAAACAGACUCCUCUUUAAACUGUCUCUCCUCCGCAGGACCUGGAGGCUCGUCAUUCCGGUGUGGUUCGAAUUCGGCUUCGGAGGACCGGCAGGCGGCAGAAAGGUCACACUGCAGUGAUGUCAUCACUCCUCCUCCUCCUCGUCUUCUUCCUCCCCCUCCUCAUCCUCACCCCUGCCUCAGCGCUGGAGUUUCGCUACCACAACAACCAUGAGAUCGAACAGUACCUCCGCCAGAUCAACGCCUCCAACCCUGACAUCACACACCUGUACAGCAUCGGCCAGUCUGUCAGAGGUCAGCAGCUGUGGGUGUUGGCUCUGGGUCUCAGUCCUCAUCGUCACACAGUCGGCACCCCAGAGUUCAAAUAUGUGGCUAACAUGCAUGGAAACGAGGUUCUCGGCCGUGUGUUGCUGCUCCAGCUAAUCGAUGACCUGGUGCGUGGUUACCGAAACAACGAAACAUGGUCGUUGCAGUUAUUGAAUAGCACCCGCAUCCACAUCCUCCCGUCAAUGAACCCCGAUGGCUUUGAUGAUGCAGGCACACACUGCCAGUACAGCCAGGGCAGGUUCAACCAAAAUGGCAUCGAUCUGAACAGGAACUUCCCUGAUGCUUUCGCUGGUCUCCGACGGCAAUCACGGCUCGAUGAGGAGAAGAGAGAGGCAGAGGUCAGGGCUGUGAUUGGCUGGUUGAGGACUGAGAGUUUCGUCCUUUCUGCAAACCUUCACGGAGGAGCUCUGGUGGCCAGUUAUCCAUAUGACAACAGCAAUGGAGGAAGUGAGCUGGUGGGUGGGGCCAGCAUCACCCCUGAUGAUGACGUGUUUGUCCACCUGGCCAAGGUGUACUCCCACAACCACGGCUCCAUGCACCAGGGUGACAGCUGCAACGACAACGCCUUGUUCCUAGACGGCAUCACCAACGGAUACCAGUGGUAUCCUCUGUCAGGUGGGAUGCAGGACUAUAACUACGUGUGGGCUCAGUGUUUGGAGUUGACUCUGGAGGUGUCCUGCUGCAAGUUUCCUCCAGUCAGGGAGCUUCCUGCUCUGUGGACAGAGAACAAGAGGGCACUGCGGGCCUACAUCCAGCAGGUCCACCUGGGGGUCAAAGGUCGUGUGUUUGAUGCUUCAGGAGCGCCAGUGCAGAACGCAGUAGUGGAGGUCAAAGGUCGCAGGAACAUGUGUCCGUUCAGAACUGACCAAUAUGGAGAAUACUACAGACUGCUGCUACCUGGAAACUACACCUUCACAGUGACGUACCCAGGUCACGAGGUUUUAACAGAGACACUUAAUGUCCCGUAUGGUCCUGAUCAAUACUCUGCCAUGAAACACGACUUCCUGUUACAACGCACCCCAACUGACCCCACCCAAGUUAAACCCACCCAAGUUAAGCCCACUCCGACCUGUAACUACACAUUACACCUGGAGGCGGGCGGAGCCAUCACCAGGCCCACAUGGACAGGGCUUAGUGUGGGGCUUUGGUUUGUGGCGGCGCUCCGAUCCAUUACUGCCUGAAGCCACCUGGCGCUCUGGUUUUUAAAGCAACGUUUUGACGACAGGAUUUUGGCCAUCUGCGCCGAUGACAUGUCCUCCUCCCUCAGCCACCAUGGUGGUCCCUCCCCUUCUGCUACAUAGCCAAGAUGGUGACCAGGAAGUGUCCGCUGUUCCACUUUUUGACAUCCUGGCUCUUAUAGCAAGUGUGAUUAGGGAAGUACAUAAACUGAGACACAGCAUCCGGCUGUUUGUUCCCUCAAAACACCAUCAAGACGUUUCGCUAUUGAUCAGUGUCUGAAAUUCAUGUGUCCAAAGUUGAACAUGACACGAAAGGUUUGCACAGAUUUUCUUCACCCUGCAAAAUGAGUUGCAGAUUGCAGAGAUUUCAGAGAAAAUUAUUUACUCUGCGACAAAAUUUCUCCAGUUUAAAUGCUGCUGUGACUGGGCCCAACAGUAAUUUUAAUUUGGAGCCUUAUUCCUCAUUAAUUGUGAAAAAAAUGUAUUGACUUCUAAAGAGAAAUUUGGUGUUUUAGACUCAACCUGAACUGAAGAGCAGGAAAAACUCCACAGGGCCUUAUUUUUCCAUAUUUUUGGAUGUAAAUGAUUCAUACAGACCAAAAUGGGUAGGAUUCCUACAGAGAAAGACAUUUAUACUGAAAAGUAAGAUCCUUUUAGUUUAACUAGAAACAUCACUAUAUAUCACUACCAGACUCCAUUGACAAAAACAGGAACAUCAGUAGAAUCUGGUAGUGAUAUAUAGUGAUGUUUCUGGUUAAACAAAAAGGUGUUCUCAGUGGCAGGGUACGCCGCUCUUGCUCAAUACUUAACUGAUUCCAAAGGUUUUUGUCCCUAUCAAUCAUUUAUACCCAAAAACAUGAGAGAAUAAGGCCCAGGUUCAAAAAUUAGUUCAAAAGGAGUUAUCCUUUAAGGGAAAAGACAGAGGAACCUCAGGAGAGUUACAUUAAAAAGUUGUAACAAUAAUAGAAACACAAAGUGCAACUUCACUGCCACUUUCCUGCACUACAGAGUUCAGUACUCUCGCAGGAAUAAACAGGUUUUAAAUAUGGUUGUGCCUUCCUCAAAAGGCAGCUGGGAGUUUAUUGUACUGAAAAAGGGGGUCACAGGAGGAGAAAGCUCUACUGCCUGGAGGGGUUUAUCUUAGGAUGACAAGACGUCUUUCCUGCUGAGACGUUACAGCAUGUGAAGGAGUGUAGGGAGAGUGAUAAGGCUCAUUAAGUGUGGUGGAGCUAGACUGUAAUUUUAUAUGUGAGGAGGAGCACUUUAAAAUUAGCACUUGCAGGGACAGAAUGCUCUUUUUAGAAAGGGAAGUAUUUAAGCCAGAGAAAAGGACGUUAACAGUAGUCAGCGCUCGCUGUGAAAUUAAGCGAUCCUCGUGACGCCACACAAACACACAUUACUCAUCUGGUCUGAACUCACUGAGGUGCGUUUGAUUUACAACACUGCAGGAACAAACUGAGUCAUCAGACAUGUUCACACAGGCAUUUAUUCUUUUCUGCUUAUUUCAACACAGUCAUGCCUACAGUUCAGUCCAGUGGUUCUCAACCUGGAGCUUCACACUCAAAAUUAGUCCAAGGGAUCACAAGAUGAUUAACAAGAGAGGAAAUAAGAAAGGACUUCUCUGGGACAGGAAUUCUGAUUAUUUUAUUUACGUUUUUCCUAUACUGAAUGUUUUUAUAUGCUCAGACCUCUGAAAAUGUCAGAGACACAGACAGAUACUGAGCUUUAGAUACCUUUAUUACCUUUUAUACCUUUAUUUAUGCACUUCCCAACAAAAACAAAGCAGCCAAGCAGCUUGUAUUUCUAUGGAAGCCCUUUUUCCAUCACUGAGGAAAAAAAUAAUGAUAAGAAUCCUGUAAUUCAUUAUUAUGAGAAAUUUUCUCAAAAUAAUGACUUCAUAUUUCUAAAUAAUGACUAUCUAAGAUUAAGUUAUUAUUCAUUAUUUUAAGAAAGUUUCUCAUCACAGCAACUUAAAGCAACUUUUUCCAUACAUUUCUCUGCUGCUAAACCUAGUGUAGCUUCUGACUACACAACAACAGAGAAAAAUGUUACUUCUGAUUGAAUAGAAGUAGUAGAACUCAGUUCUUUUGUAUUGGUAAAAGAAACAACAACAAAGCACUUAAUAUUGACUUUAGAGGUAUAUAAAAUAGAUUGAAUACAAAUGUACAUAACAAUGAUAAUAAUCAACAUAAAUACAAUAAACCAAUUAAAAAACAUGAAAAAUAGAAAUAAAGUAACCCAACUUUUACAUAAAUUAAAAUACACUUAAAAAUACCUCAAAGGCGCCACCUGGUGGUAGAAGCUGUGCAAUACAUGCAGAAAAAUCAGGACUACAUUAAAUACCAACUUGUGAAAAAGCAGCAUAAACAAACAUGUUACUUUAGUAAAUUUGUAAUUUCAUCUGUCAGUUGAAUUAUAUUUAAAAAAUAUUGGAUAAUUCUUUGUUUUAAAGGGUCACAAGCCAAUAAAGGUUGGGAAUCACUGGUCUAUGACAAUCUGAUGACUGGGAAUCAAACCUCUAACAGCUGAACCCUCAGCUUAGUCGGUUUCUGUACAUAGUAUAUAUAUCUAUAUACAGCAUAUAGACGCUGAGAGCAGCUCCAGUAACCAAACAACAGGUGUGAUUCCUGUUUUAACACGGGGUCAGAGGAUCGGGAACGUCCUCGCUCAUGCUGCUUGGCAUUGAUCCACGACUCAUUUCACUCUUCUUCACAACUGAAACUCAGCGGCCUUCAGCAGAUUCUUCCCCUCACUCAAACUUUAUUUUUGCCAAAUAUCAGGUAUUUAUACUUUUGUACUGUUUGAUAUUAAAAACUCCUCUGUGCCAUGUUGAAACUACAGUGACUGCAGGUUUCAGUCACACCUGAGAUGUUAGACCUCAGUCUAAUUUUUACAUUUCUUCUUAAUGUUUCAUUACACUGUAAAACACCACAGACGACACUGAAUCCUACUUUGGACUUGACCUGACGUGAACUGUCACUGCUCGGUAAGACUGGUUCUUGAAGGAAAUAUAUUAAAAGUCAUAAAAAACUGAAAAAUUGUAAUGUGUUAAUUGAUGGUCUCAUUAUGAGCUCCCUAACUUGGAUUUAAUCUUCUUUAAUGGUUUGGGAGUUAAUGUAUUUUGUCUUUAAACCAUAGAAAAGGUUACAUUUUUUCUAUCUAAGUCAACAUGAAGACAAAAUGCUACCUUGAAAUUAUGAGGUAAGUUAUUGUCAGAAAUAUUGCAUUUG